AAGGAAAUGUGAAAGACGGUGGGGGUGGGGUUAUGAAAGCAAUGUGAUACGCUGCCAGUGUGAGAAAUGUGUUCACAUGGAAAGAUAUGGAGUGAAAAAAAGAGUAAGAAGGAGUGAUGUGACAAGACAAGGCCACACAGAUGAGUGAAAGGGAGAAAGAGAAAGAGAGAGAGAGAGAGAGAAAGAGAGAGAGAGAGAGAGAGAGAGAGAGAGAGAGAGAGAGAGAGAGGGAGGGAGGGAGGCGUGCUCAGACUGAGAUUGAAUCUAAGGGAGGAAGAAAGCUGGUGAAGGUUCACUGUUAUUUUCCCGGCCACACAAUUAUCUUCUACAGAAAGGAUUUAUCUUUGUUUAUUUGAUUCUCACACUGGAUUUUAUGGACUGUGGACUACAGAGAAGUCAGAAAAAAACAAAGCUUUCUUGAACAUUGUGACAGGUUCUGAACUCUUAUUAUAAGACAUCAACCAAAUUUACAAGAUUUACAACUAAUUCAAGUCAUCAGCUGUGUGGGGAUAGCGGUUUGCUUUUGUCAUGGGGUCUGGGAAGGAGCUACUUCUUCUUGGCUUAUUGAGCAUUCUUGGGAAAUGUUUCUCUGAGUGUGGCAACGGCUUUGACGAAUUUAACGGUGUCUGUGUUGAUCAAAAUGAGUGUGAAGAUCCAAGACAUUGUGGGGAACACACAAAGUGCUUCAACACGAAUGGCAGCUUCUACUGUCAGUGCAUGCCAGGCUUCAAAAAUGUUAAUGGGUCCGUUAACUUUACGCAGGACAGUGGACAGUGCAAAGAUAUCAAUGAGUGCACCAAUGUAUCCAAUGCCUGCGGUAAAACUGCAUCUUGUCAAAACCUGAUUGGGAGCUACAACUGCACGUGCCACUUUGGUUACAUCAACAACAGUAGCCAUGGAAACUGCACAGACAUAGAUGAAUGCCUCGAAGCUGAAAAGAAAAACGAAGAUCUCUGUGGAGUGAAAGGGACUUGUGAAAACAGUAAUGGGAGUUACCAGUGCAAGUGUUCAGAAGGAUACACCACUUAUGGCAACAAAAGGACCCCAUGCUCAGCGCUCGACUGUGACAGCUUCAAUGGAUACAACGUGAUUGCACCGUUGCUCGGAGGCCUGGCAGACAUUUUGUCCAUGAUGAGAAACAGCUGUUUUGCUCUGUCAAAACCAAGUGCCGCUGGUGAAGUCAACACAGAUGGAGAUGCACUACUGGAGAACCUUUUCACAGCGACCGACGCCUUCCUGUCCCCCGGUCAACUGGACAGCAGUGAAGAUGUGAGUGGAUUGCUCAGUACGAUGGAGAACGCUAUUUUGCUCAUUGGCCCACAGCUCAAAAACAACCGCAGACAAAUAGGGACCUCUGAGACAGAUCUGGAUAUUGCAGUGCAGAGGGGAAAGACUCCACCCACUGGGCCAAUCCAUCUGACCAACGAGAAUGCUACACUUGACACUGACUGGACAACAGCAGCAGGGACGGGAUCGUACCCUGGUUUUGCUCUGGCUGCGUUGUUGAGCUACAAGAACCUUAAGAUAUCUGUUAACCAGUCCUUUGACGCGCUCACAGGACAUAAAAAAGAUGGUGUGAACCCCUCCUUUCAGAUCUUCUCUAGAGUUGUGUCUGUUGUGGUCUCCAACCCAUCCACUCAGAACCUGAGCCGCUCCGUCAACAUCACCCUCAGACAUUUACAGGAUGUUGAAGAGUCAGCUAACUUGAAUUACGUCUGCACAUUCUGGACUGAGAGUGGGGCCUGGUCCACAGGUGGUUGUUAUCAACAGCACUCCAAUGCCACACACACUGUGUGUACAUGUGAACAUCUGAGCAGCUUUGCUGUACUCAUGGCACUCUACCCCAUAAAGCACACGUUUGGGCUCCAGCUGGUGACCAAGAUAGGACUGAUCAUCUCCCUGCUGUGCCUCAUACUGUGCAUCCUGACAUUCAAAUUCUGCCGCUCAAUACAAGGAACCCGAACCACCAUCCACCUGCACCUCUGUAUCUGCCUUUUCAUAGCUGACCUUGUAUUUCUGGCUGGCAUUUCACAAACUAAACCUGUGGGCGGCUGCAGGUUUGUUGCUGCGAUGCUUCACUACUUCUUCUUGGGAGUGUUUACCUGGAUGCUGUUAGAAGGGGUGCAGCUGUAUCGCAUGGUGGUCCUGGUGUUCAACGCCACCAUUCGGCCCCUCUACUUGUAUGUCAUUGGUUAUGGGACACCCCUUGUUAUCGUCAUCAUAUCUGCCAUCAUUAGACCAAACGAAUAUGGCACUGACCAGCACUGCUGGCUGUCCCUGAAAGACGGCCUCAUCUGGAGUUUCUACGGCCCCGUGUGCUUCAUUAUCAUCAUCAACGUUUUCUUUUUCCUCGUCACCGUCUGGAAGCUCGCCCAGAAGUUCACCAGCCUCAACCCAGACCUCUCCAAACUGCACAAAAUGAAAGCUUUCACAGUGACAGCUAUCGCGCAGAUGUGGGUACUUGGUCUGAUGUGGGUGUUUGGGGCCUUCCUGUUUCAAGAGGACACUACAACAGCAGCAUACAUCUUUACUAUCCUCAACAGCCUGCAGGGAGCGCUGGUCUUCGUCAUGCACUGCCUACUGUCUAAACAGGUGAGAGAGGAGUAUGCCCAUUUUGUCUCCUGCAUCUGCACACCACAGAAGAAGAGAUUCUCGGAGUUCAGCAGUACCAAUCCAUCCAGUAGUCAGUCACAAGGUUCUCGCAGUGGGCAGCAUACCGGAGAAUCCCAAAUAUGAGGCGCUUUACAUUUUAUUGUACCCCAGAGACAGACUACCACACCUUUAACCUAUCUCGGCUGAAUUGGCCCUUGCCGGUUUGGAUGACUUCAUUUUUACAAUGUUGUUAUUUCAAACUUUACUUUAGUUUUGGUUGUAACACAGCACCAAUUGUUUAAUGUUACAUCUAAUUAAACAACUAAUUAAAUCAGAUAGGUCUGAGGGGUCGUCUGAUUAGCCCCAGUAGUUACAUUGCAGAACUUUCAGACCCUAAUAAAGUUGAUGGGACCAAAAUAUUUUUUAACUAUAAACCUUAAUCUACUAAGCAGCCCCAUCUGACAGUUGAUUACUAAAGUAAUUCUUUACAUGUGUCAUUACUGUCAGAGUAAGCAAGAAGUAGCCGACUUCUGUCUUUUUUUUAGGAUCUCUGUGAACGUGACGGUAUUUCAGUGUCUUAUUGAUUUAUCCAAAACAUAUCAAAAUCAGAAUAUAAGCUGUAUUGUCUUUGAAGGGAUUAAAAGUGAUACACACAGUACAUACUGUAUAACGACAAAGACUAUUUAUUUUCAAGUGCAGACUAUCAAGUCUAUAUUAUGUAGGCUACAAGAAAAUAGAAGUGACGCUCUUUAUGUUUAAAGCAUGAGCAAAAGGUUUGCACUGUACUUUGUGGAAAAAAGGGUGGGGAUGAUUUUUGUUCAUUCGAUGUUCACAUAAAUUAUUCCAUGUUUCCAAAUUGUUUACCAGUAUGUCGUAAUGGUGUAAUGGAUGAUGCAAAUGACCCAUGAAGUGCCUCUGAUGUUUCCUGCAUGUUCCUGCUAAUCCCAUGUAGCAAGGAUUUCAUGCAUUUUUAUUUUUUCUAAAUAUUUCAAACAAAAUAAGUGACUUUUUGUAAUCACUUAUGGCUAUUUUUGCGAUUAAUAAUAUCUCUUAAUUUGCAAUUGAGCUGUAUUUUUGCCACUGGCAUGUGUAAAGAUAGAUAGAUAGAUAGAUUCUUUAUAAUUUGGAAAUACAGAAAAACAAAUCCAACCCAUAAUAGUUUCUUCGGAAAUUCAUGAAAACAGACCCACCCUUCUGAUAAGCUUCCUGCAAUCAAACUGUGUUUAUGGAAUACAAUUCCAUGAUGUUGUCAUGUUUUCUUAUAAUAGCUGUAGCCUAUGUCAACACACACUGUAGACAUAGGCUGUCACUGUUAGUGACUGUAAGGUACCACAUCCCUGAAAUGAGAACUUUAACCAUUUUGAUGGGAUUAAAUGGGAAUUGGGAAUGUACAGACCUGAGUAUGUUGUUGCACUUUUCUGUUGCAAAAGUUAUAAGCAGCAUAUCUUCACACACACGGUGCAUGUGUAAUCAAGAAGACUUGAGAACCAGCCUCACUUUCAGAAACUGAACAGUUUACUUGUUGUAAUAAAGCUAUCAAGUAUAUAUAUAUAUAUAUAUAUAUAUAUAUAUAUAUAUAUAUGCAGAAAAAGAGAGAUUGAGAGAGUAAUUUUGGAUUCCAAAUCACUAUUUUUAUGCAAUUGGUUUUGUCCUGUACUGUUUUUUUUUUUUUGUAUAUAUCUGUGAAACUGAUUGUAAGACCACGUGUAUGUGUCGGUUUUAACAACUAAUCUGUUAUAGGUCUUACGUGUGGCUGUACUUUUUUAAAUACUUUUUAUUCAUGCAUUGCAAAGUGUAUUUCAUGUGAAAAAAGCUACGUGCAUUAUGCAGCAUUUUGUGAAUGUAAGGAUCUUAUUGUUAAAAUAUACUAUAGUUGUUUAUCCUUUGAAGGUAUAGGCCUAUAUAAAGUUAUUUUUCUACUUUGUUUUGAUUUUGUUUGGUAGCCUACUGUUUUCUUCAAAGAUUAUGCACCGCACAUUUUUAUAAAAGCUUCUACUUCAUCUGAAA